AUGAUUCAAAGGUUUACUCAAGAAGGUACUUGUAUAAUGAAGUGGAGAGAUAGGAGAGACGUACUUGUAAUAUCAACAGAAUAUGACGGAACUUUGGUGGAAGAAAUUAAUAAAAAGGGAAACCAAAUUACAAAACCGAAAGCUAUACUUCAAUACAACAAGUUUAUGGGGGGCAUAGAUCAUUCAGAUCAAAUGUUAUCCUAUUACUCAUGUGAACAUAAAACUAUGAGAUGGUAUAAAAAACUAGGUAUUCACAUUCUCCAAAUUAUUUUAGUAAACAGCAAUGAUUUAUUCAACAGAUAUAGUGGAUCAAAACUUAAUUUAUACGAUUUUCGUUUGUCUGUCAUUGAAACAUUGAUAAAAGAAGGACUGGAAACUACUUUAGCACCACGUUUUACUCCUCAACCCAAAACAGGAAAUCACUAUCCUAAAAUGAUCGAAAGAAAUGAAAACAAAAAGAAAAAAGUUCGUCGAUGCCAAGAGUGUAUUAAAACCAAAAAACGUUCGGAAACUGAUAUCUACUGCCCAACAUGCCCAGGUUAA